AUGCCCGCUCGCCAAGGCGACAGCUGGCGUCCGAACUUCGGUUCUGGUCGUCCGCCACCAGAAAUUCCUCAAGAUGUACGCGACUCGAUGUUCUCGCUGAAUGGUGUACGAGGAGGUCGAUCCAAACAAGACCGCAUGAGGCGUGACAAUAGAGAUAGAGACGUGCGAAGCUAUCAAAAGCUCGAGCGUCAACGCCGUCAGCCACCACCCAGAACAGCCUCUUCUCGUCCGCUGCUGCAACAGUCACUAAACCUCGAGGAGCGCGUACUCCGUGACACAUCCGCAGCUGAUAAGUUUCGGAACCUCGAUGAGCUCACUGACAGCGAUGAGGAUGAUAUGUCCCAAUCAGACAACGAGUUCGAAGAUGGUCGUCCUUCGAAGCGCGCGAAGGUCACCGACGCCGAGAGUUCUGAUGCACUAGACCCACCGAAAUGGUCGAAUCCAGACCCCUACACUGCUCUACCGCCACCUGCCGAGACUUCAGGCAAGCGCAUCGAUGUCCUGAAGUUGAUCCGCAAAGCCAAGAUAGACCAAGAGAAGAAGGAAGGAGGCAGUCUAGACGGCAACGACGACUUCAUCUCGUUCGGUGAUCUUGAGGGUUCAGAACUGCAGGAGGAUGAGAUGUUGCAAUCAGCACCGAAUGGUCCACGUCGACGCAACCCGUUCAAGGACUCCCAGCUCGACGGCUCAGGCCAAGGACAAGAGAGUACAGGCAAGAGGAAGCGUGGCGCGGAGUCUGCGAUCCCCAGACCGCCUGCAGGUUACCUGCCAGCCGAUCAGCUCGUUCUGAAAGAGUGGAAGCCGCGAGCUCAUUCAAAUGCUGUCCCUUGGUUUCGUCCUGCUCCUAAGCGAACACCUCCAGGCAUUGCUCUUCACAAAGAGGUCGUCGACUUCUACGAGUGGGUCAAGCCUCAGGACUAUGAACGUGAUGUCCGUGCAGAUGUUCUCCGUCGUCUGUCGCUUGCGUUCAGCCGCAUCGAGUCAGGCGAGCUCAAAGCUUUCGGCUCAUACGCCGCCGGUCUCUACCUACCAAACGGUGACAUGGACGUAGUCUUCAUUACUCGGAAGUUCAUACCUGGACGAUACACUCCGAAUGGGUUGCCCCCCAAACCGCCACGAAGUCUUCUUGAUCGGUUCGCUACCUUGCUCAGACAGCAAGGUCUUGCAGAGAAAGGAUCCGUUGUGGUGAUUGCCCACGCAAAGGUGCCCAUCAUCAAGUUCAAGGAAGCUCGGAGCGGACUUCGAGUAGACCUGUCCUUCGACAACGACACAGGUCUCAAAGCCGUGGAGACCUUUCAGACCUGGCGGGCACUCCAUCCAGUCAUGCCGAUGUUGGUCGCGGUUGUGAAGCAAUUCUUGAUGAUUCGGGGGCUCAACGAUGUGGCCACUGGCGGCAUAGGUGGCUUCACAAUAAUCUGUCUCGUCACAAGUCUGCUCCAGCAUUUGCCGAAUACCAGACCGACUGCGAAUCUUGGUGAGAUCAUUGUCGAGUUCUUCAACCUGUAUGGAUACCUGCUUGAUCGAGAGACUGUCGCUAUUCGAAUGGACCCCCCGGGAUACGUUGACAAGGCACGAUACAAGCCGAUGCUCUUCGCGAAGGAGAAGGCAGACCGGCUGACGAUCAUCGAUCCGAACAGACCUGAGAACAACAUCUCCGGUGGCAGUCGUCUGAUUAGUGGUAUCAUCGAGGCCUUCCGCUAUGCCCAUGACUUACUCAUAGACCGCAUGAGCGCACAAGAGCAGGACAGGUCUGGUCGUCCCAAUGACAGCAUACUUCGCGAUCUGCUAGGCGGAGACUUCACGGCCUACGAAGAACAACGAACCCAGCUUGGUGAACUCUACUAUGGAUUGACUGGACAAGACGCUCCUAGUACAGCUCAACCUGGUGUCGAAUCGAAGCAAACAGCGGAAACAACGCCAUCUGCUAGCGGCGAUGACGGAGAAACUGCCACCGACACGAGCGAACACGCCAACAAAGGCCAUGGGCGCAAAGCGAAACAUAAACCGAAUAGCAAAAUGACUCAUGGCGCUCGCCGUGCUGAUCGACUAAGGAAGGCCAGACCCGAGCUCGCAGCACGGAUUCCGCGUCAGAUCAGCGUGAAGAGAGCCUGCGAGAUCGGUGGCUAUGCAGACAGUGCCGCCUUUGUCAAGGAUAUGAAGAAGAGGGGAUAUUGA